AUGGCCUACCACCCGUUCCUGCUGCAGCGGCCCACGGACUUCAGCCAGCCGCCCCCGGCCCUGCCUCCGCCCCCGGCGGCGCCGGCCGUUCCUCCGCCGCCGCCACCUCCGCCGCCCCCGCACCCGGCGACGGCGGCGGCGGCGCACCAGUACCACUUCCUGGCGGCGGCAGCUGCCGCGGCGGCGCUGGGAGGUGCCGUCGGCCCCUACAAGCUGCCCCCGGUCGCGGUGCCGCCCCCGCUGGCGGCGCACGCCGCCCACGCCGGCCCCGGCGGCCCGGCGCACGCCUACACCACGGCCGAGGAGGUGCUGGCGGCGGCGGUCGCGUCGCACCACCCGCACCACCCCGCGCUCGUGCGGCCGCUGAGGCCGCCGCUGCCGCCCGACGACGACGGCGUCGUCGACGACCCCAAGGUGACCCUCGAGGGCAAGGAGCUCUGGGAGAAGUUCCACAAGCUCGGCACCGAGAUGGUCAUCACCAAGUCCGGCAGGCAGAUGUUCCCGCAGAUGAAGUUUCGCGUGUCGGGGCUGGACGCGAAAGCGAAAUACAUCCUGCUGCUGGACAUUGUGGCCGCCGACGACUACCGGUACAAGUUCCACAACAGCCGGUGGAUGGUCGCCGGAAAGGCUGACCCUGAAAUGCCUAAGCGCAUGUACAUCCACCCGGAUAGCCCAUCCACGGGCGAACAGUGGAUGCAAAAAGUCGUUUCCUUCCAUAAGCUGAAGCUGACCAACAACAUUUCCGACAAGCACGGCUUUGUAAGUACUACCAUCCUCAACUCGAUGCACAAGUACCAGCCGCGCUUCCACCUCGUACGGGCCAACGACAUCCUCAAGCUGCCCUACUCCACGUUCCGCACCUACGUCUUCAAGGAGACCGAAUUCAUCGCCGUCACCGCCUACCAGAACGAAAAGAUCACGCAGCUGAAGAUCGACAACAACCCCUUCGCCAAGGGCUUCCGCGAUACGGGGGCCGGCAAGCGUGAGAAGAAAAGGCAGGCGCUACUGGCAGCUCAGAGGCAUCCCGUAUCGGACAGCGGCGGCGGCGGAGGCGGCGGCAUGCCCGGGGGCGGCCACCACCAGCCCGGCGGGGGCGGAGGUGGGGGCGGCGGGCCCGCGGGGGGCGUGGGAGCCGAGCUGAAGGCGCGCCAGGCGGCCGCGGUGGCGGCGGCUGCGGCGGCGGCCGCGGCGGCGGACGAGGACGACCGCCUGCUCGACGUGGUGGGCACCGGCGCAGACCCGCCCCCGCUACACCUGCACCAUGCCCACUCCGCGUGGUUCUCGCUGUCCGCAGCGGGCUCGGCCCCCGACAUGUCUGCGGGCGAGGAGGCGGCGCUGCGGCGGCGGCUGCACCAGCACCAGCACGCGCACGGCCACGCCGUGCCGCCCCCGCCCCUCGGCCACCACGACGACAGCGAGCGCGACGGCAGCGACUCGAGCUGCUCCGAGUCGACGGUGGCCGCCGCCGCCUUCAGCCGCGGCUCGCCGCCCCAGGGCGCCGCCGCCGCCGCCGGCGACUACCCGGCGCCCAACAUCUCCGUGGGGCCGCCCAUUCACCCGCCGCCCCACCUGCUGCCCUACCUCUACCCCCACGGGCUGUACCCGCCGCUGGCGCCCGGCCCGCCGCUGUCGCUGUUUGCGGGCCCCGGCGGCGCGCCCGGCGCCGCCCCCGGGCUGCUGUUUAACGCGCAACUGGCCCUGGCCGCGCAGCACCCGGCGCUCUUCGGCCACUACUCGGCGCUGCACCACCCGGCCGCGACAGCCGGCGGGGGCGGCGCCGGGGGCGGCGGCGCGCUGCACCACCCGCUGGGAGCCAAGGGCGGCCGCUUCGCGCCGUACUCGCUGCCCGGCAACUCCGUGGGCUCCGCCUUCGAGACGGUGACGCCCGGAGGCGGCACCGGCGGGGGUGGCAGUCCCAAAUCGCACCUGCACGCGCCGCCCCCGCAGCACACGCCUCCCGGGCCACUGCCGCAGCCGACGCCCCUCGGACCGCUAUCCACCGGCUCGAGCUCGCCCCCAGCUUCGCCGCCGCACCAGCAACAGCAGGAGGCGGCGCCGCCCCCACCACCCGCGCCCGCCGCCACCGCCAGUGAGCUCAAGAGCAUCGAGAAGAUGGUGAACGGCCUCGAGGUGAAACCGCGCGACGCCUCUCCCAAGUGCGGCGACGACAAGGUGGUGGUCUAGCGAUCGCGGACUCCCUGCGAUGUCGUCCUUUCCUCCAGUCGGCGCGGCUGAACCCGGGGUCGACGUCUCUGAACGCCUCCAGUCCUUCAAUAUCUUCCACAGUCCAAAAGUCGGGCUGUUACCUUGUUGUACAGUUAGUAAUGUGCUAUCGACGAUAACUCUGACUGCAGAAUAAAGUGGGAGGAGCGAGCAUGAGUUUAAGCGCUUCAUACACUGGCUGGCGUCUUUCAGAGGCAGUAGUAAUUUAAUGGAGCAUUUUUGUUCAUAAAAUCCGUAUGAUGAUUGCGGUCUUGGUUGAGAUGUGCUUCUCCUACAGAAAGUACAACUGCUGUUCCAUCAACAAUUUGAAAAAAAGAUAUGUCCUGUCCGAUGGUUAUUAAAACCAAACAUUUCGUGUCACUAAUGAAAGAACAUCAUUUUGUGUCACUAUUGGAAGAACCACCUUCUUUACGGAUGUGCGUUUCACUGUACACGCCAUCUAUAGUAAACAUAGGUGCUGCCUACAUUGCCGUGUAGUAUGACAGCCUGUUGACUCUGCAUCCUCCUCCCACGUAUUCUCCAUGCUGUAAGAGCUGACAUCGUUUUUCUAACGAUAGAACACCGACUGAGAAAAAGGCUAUACACACAAAGAACAAUGAAAAUUGCUGCAUUGAAGAUUUUUUGUUUAUAAUUUUCCGCCUUACUAGAAACCGCUUAGUUUUGUGGAACUAACAGCGGCCUUGUCAAAUUCAUUUCCACUACUGUACAGAAGUUUAUAAUUUUGCCAAGAAGGACAGCGGACACGCCUAGAAACGAGUGAAACGAACCGUUGGUACAUGGACUUCUCUUUUGAAGAUAAACGAAAUGGACAUUUUGAUCAACGAGUUUCGACACACCGUCUGCCCCCCAUCUGAAAACUAGCGUCGAGGUUGCGCUUUGUAAUACGAUAUCUACAGCUAGCUGUACACAUAUUAUACAUAAAUAAUUUUAAACUAUGUAAAUAGAAGAAGAUUCAGCAAAUAACAAUAUGCAUCAUGUACCAUAGAACGUCUGUGUAUAAGUGAAUAAAAUGUUUUAUUUAUACCAAAGAAAGUAUGUUUGUUUAUAAAAAAUACAAAAUUAUUGUCUCUUGUAAAUCAUAGUGAACAUACGAAGCUGGAGCAUGUGCAGUGACGAAUAGAUGAAGUAGGUCUUUGAGCUUUUGUGUGUCCCUGGCCUGCCUUUGUAUAAUAAAACAAUUUUUAAAAAACUGAAAAAGAUAAUAAGCACGUUUGUAAGUACAAUCAUGUAAUUCUUUUCUGUUUACUGAUUUGUAAGGCAUGGUAAGAUAACCUAUCUGCUUGUGAUCUUGUUUCAUUAACGACACGAUUUGUACGUCUCCUUUUAUAUGAAACGCAGUAAUUUGUUGAGAGCAUUGCCACACGUAUUAUACGAUUUACUCUGACUCUGCAUGCGGAAUAUUUUAUGCAAUAUAUUCUGAAGAGUACAAAUUUCUUACCUGUGACGCCAGUCUCGCCUGUAACUCAUGGAUUCACACAACAAACGAAAAUAACAAGACUCAUUCCUUUCUCGUAGCACCCACAAUAUCUACCUGCCAAUAGUAGUGCUUUUAUAGGUAGUUCUGGCUAGUAAUUUAUUGACUUGCCCUCCAUUGAGGAAUAGAUCUGGGCAUAUUCACUAGUUUCUCAUAAAAAUGCCUAAAGAAAGCAUUAUCGAAUCACUGUGUUUUAACACUGUGUUAUGUUACAGGGAAAAUAACAGGAAACGUUGCAUUUAAUAGGAAUCAGUCAGCAACCAAUUUUUUUUUUCCUUCUGAAAUGUAGUGUACGUUAAGGAAGUUCACGACACCCUUGUGCAAUUUUUAUAUUAAAUAAGUUCUGUAUGGAGCUUCUCAUAUUUCAGUUCCACAUUUGGAAUAAGAAGAUACAGAUUUUGCGCUUUGCUCACUGCAUAGAUUCUCUGUACAGGCGUUUUCAGAUCCUUGGUGGUAAAAAAGCGGGACUCGUUUCCAGCUUUCUGGAGAACGUGGCCCUACGACUUCGAUUUCUGAAGAUCCUUCCCCGCUAUCGAUGUCAGAGAUGAUUGGUCUUUAACAACAAGUGUGUCCUUGCAACAUAUUCUAGGGAGUGCUGAUACAUCACAUCCACUCGCUAUCAAUCCAGUGGGUUUUGUAUGGUUCUUCUUGAGUGGAUGAAGUCAGAGCAUGUAACCAAAAGACCAUGCUGAUUGUACAGUUAUUACUGGGAGUCAGUCAGAAACCCUCAUACUCUGAUAUAUUGGUGAGAACCAUGAUACCACUUUUUAUUAAUCAGCUCAUUACAUAAGUGUUGUGCCAGUGUAAAAGGGAUUACAUUUCUCCACAGAAUUGUGCAUUAAUUUUACUGUCGUACUGUAACUACAUAGACUACCAACCAGUAUGGGAAAUUAGUUCUGUAAUAUCCUACUGAAGGGCAUGCUGUCUUCCAUAAGAUAAAAGUGUAAGAGCAGAGUAGGCAGUUUUUGACUACUAGUCCUAAUGCAGCGGUUCCAUACGUUUUCCUAUUAAAAAACCUUAAAAAAUUACACCAUCCCAUGGAUCCCAAUUUCAUACUACAGUGGCUGCAAAACCAAAACAUUGUGUUGAAUACUGCUGUUACCUGCUGUUACAUAUUGCCACCACAUGCAAAAUCGGAUAACCAUAUCAGAGUUGACAGCAUUUUUUUAAAUUUAAUUUUCAUAAUUGACUUACUCAGUUUGAUAUCAAAUACCCUUUGCUGAAAACUCUGUGCACCAAUGGGAAGUAUUAGUAUUCUGUAUAAUACAGUUUGGAAACCACUGCGGUAGCGGAUGUACCCGAUUUAUGCCCGCUAAUUUCGUUAUUGUUAAUGAAACACAUAUAUUUGAAAAAUACUACACUCCUGUAUCAAAUUUUUCUUUUAAAUAUGUUUUAGUUUUGGAAUAGCUAAUUACCAACACACAAGUUUCUCUAGAACCUACAAGCAAGGUUUUUAUAAUCCAAAUAAAACAAAUUCAUCACCUGUUAUCCAUAUCAAGGAAAAGGCAUCACGGUUUCCAGUGGCGAGCCUGUUUCCUCCCAGUCGUAUUGCAAGAGCUUGCCUGCUUCUCAUUAUUUUCUGUUGAUUUAGUUUAAACUUCAUAGAAAUAUAGUUAUGAUGACAUUACCGAAUCGCUAUUUUAAAAUUAUUUUUUAGUUAUUGUUACAUGUAAGCACUUACCUCUCGAGUUGUGUCUUACUACUUACUGCUGUAUUGUAAUUGCGUUGGGGAAGCCGCUUCUCGCCACAUAUAACUGACAGGGAAUACAGGUAUGUCGCUGGCGCCGUUCCCCGCUUGCAACGCCAUAAAUACGAAGCUGUCAAGACAAUGACGAAACGGUUCUGUCCACUUCUCCCGAACUGCAAAUACUUCACAGGAAAAGUGAAGGAACCGAACUCUUAGCAAUAAAUAACUUUUUCUUAGGCUGCUGUUAUUAUUGUGAAAUA